AACAUCUCCCUAAUUUCCCCGGUCUUUUAAGUCUUUACGGCUCCCAUAAGGAAUACUGAUACACUUCCACUACUGUGGAUAUGGACAACCAAAACCAACAAAACAACAGAUCCAGUAAUGGCGCCGCCGGUGAGGAGACUCCUGAGCCUCUCUACACCAAGUUCCAGAGAGAAACAAAGAGAUCGGCCAAGAAGGAAUCCUACAUCGCCAAAUUCUGUCCCUGGUUGUUUAAGAAGUCGACCCCAACCGAUGUACAGGAGUCAACGGAGCCGGGUAAACAACCAGAAAUACCAGAUGUGGCUCCCAAGCCAGCGUCGGUGGAUACAUCUAUAGUUCACGGUUAUGAGAACGAAGAGCUUUGGCUUGUGAGAUGCCUCAUAAAACCAGAUGACGGAGAUUUCAAGGCAAUCGGGAUCUUCGGGAUGCCAGAGGUCGGAAAAACAGCGCUUGCCCGGUUGGUUUUCGACAACGAUUAUGUGAAGCACUACUUUCUUCCCAGGAUUUGGGUAUCCGUGCCCGGGACCGAGACGCUCAAGAAGCAAAAAGUUCUUGAAACAAUAUUGGGGAAACUUGAGGUGGAUGAGAAUACGAUCGCGGAAUUCGCUCAACGUGGAGUUGCUGCACUGCUUUAUGCUGUUCGCCUGAAGUUGGCCGGAAGAAGGUAUCUGAUCGUCCUCGAUGGCGUUAGUAAAGAUGAUGAUUGUUGCCGCAACCUAAUAUCUCCGGCCGACGACAACGGCGACGAGAAUAAAUAUGAGGAAUUUUCCUUUGCGUUUCCAAAGGGUAGUGGCGGAGCUGUUAUUGUGACGAGUAGGAGGAAGGAAGCGGCAGAGAGGAUGGUGGGGGAGAAAGAAAAGGGGAAAAUUUUGUAUACCCCUCGACCGAUUGAGGAUCUGGAUAGUUGCUUCUCAAUCUACAACUCCGUUCUGAAGAAGAAAGUGUCUACGAUAACAGAGGACUUGAAAAAGGAAUUCAAAUUGAAGUCCGGCGGCCUUCCGAUGGCUGCGAGAUUGAUGGCGGAAAUCAAGAAUAGAGGAGAUGAUGAUCAAAACGAACAAGAUCAUCAAAACGUAAGAAGUGGAACAGAAAACAAUGAAAAUGUGCCAUCACAAGAAGAAAACAAUGAAAACGUUGGAGAUUCUCAAUUGGAAAACCAAGGAACUGUUAAUCCUCCAACUGAUGAAUCACAAUCACUGUAGUUUGAUAUUUUUUUUGGGGGCCCCUAUUUUGUAUCUCGUUUUUAUAAUUAUGUGUUGGGUUUGUUGUUGAUUGGUGAUGGCUUCACUUGUGAUAGUAGUAGCACUAAUUAGUUCCUCCGUGUUGUUAUUAUUGCUAAAUAAAUUCAGUGUGCAUCC